AUGAUUGAUAAAGGGGUUGAGCAUAAUGUAGUUUGUUACAACAGUUUGAUCAAUGGGAUUUGUCAGAAAUCAAGUUUGCACCUAGAUGACAGAUCCGAGAGGACGAUUCGAGCUACAGACAAGGUGUUUGAUGAAAUGCGUGAUAGAGGAAUUGAACCUGAUGUUACUACCUACUCGAUUUUGCUUCAUAGGUUGGAGGGGAUGAAGUUGAAAGGGAUUUGCCCAAGUGUAGCUACCUAUACUUCAGUUGUUAAGUGUCUUUGCUCAUGUGGGAGGCUUGAUGAUGCUGAAAGUUUUUUUUUAGUUUGCAAGGUGAAUGAAAAUGAGGUUAAAGCAUCCGGGUACCCUACAACUCGACCCGGAAAAGUCGGGUACCCGCAAGCCGGGUACCCGGUUUUUCCGGGUCGGGUCACGGGCCGACUUUUCAACUACCUGCAAAUGCAGGUACCCGCUUUUUCGGGUACACGAAAAGCCAGGUAUCCGGUAUUGAACACCCCUACUAGCAGGCAUAGAGUUUGCAUUGAAGAUAUGGAGACACUAUCUGUAUAG